UUGUAAAGUAGAGAGAGAAAGAAUGGUAACACCGAGUAGACGCAUUCGCGAGCUGGAGCUCUGCAAUCCGGCGGUUUUCGGUGAUCUCGUAUUGACCCAACAGACGAGGAACAACUCGAUGGACAACGAGGAUGAGACGGAGGUGACAAAAUGGACAAGGUUCAGAUCCAUCUCGGAGAACGAGUGCAGCAACUACCAUCGAGAACAGCAAGACCCGGAGAAGAGAAGAGCAUCUGCGCUUCUGGAUCAGCUCCUCUUGGAUAUCCACUCCAACUAUCAGAGCGGUACCACGGAUUACACAUCAGCUACCUCUUCGAAAUCGAUGCCCAAGAACACAAAGUACGAUGUGCAAGAAUUGAAAUCUAAAGGGUUGGAUGAGCUGAGAUCGGUCGUCGAUGCAUUGGAUGAGCGUGUGGUGCGCCUCGGCGGGUCCCUCGUGCGCCAGCUGAAGCGUCGCGACGCCCUGUGCCGCCAGAGGGACUACCGUUUCGACGUCAUCGGCAUGGCACUACGAAAACGUCUUCCGGAAUUCUCAUCGGAGAUGCGCUUUUCAAUAGACCCGCUCCCUGGAGAUUCGGGCUUCUCGCAAUGGCACUCCGCCAUGAAGAUGGUAUCGCAACUGCCGGAAGGCAUUCCUCUGGAGUUCCGCCGAAGACUAUGGCUUUCUCUAGCUGACAAACACCUGAGCUUGAAGGGUAUCGACUGGCCGAGGGUCGAGAAGAACUGCUUCAGCGAGUGGUCGCAUCCGUCGGACGCUGAGCUCGGAGUGCAGAUCGUUAAGGAUCUGCAUCGGACGGGAUGCAGCCUGUUUUGCGGAAAGGAUGGUCAAGAGAAUCAGGCUUUACUGAAGAGAGUGCUUUUAGCGUACGCAAGGUGGAACAAGGCAGUUGGCUAUUGUCAGGGCUUCAACAUGUUGGCGGCGUUGAUUCUGCAGGUUACCGAAAAAUGCGAGUCGGAUGCCCUCAAGUUGAUGAUCUACCUAAUCGAAGGCGUUCUUCCCGAUUCAUACUUUGCGGAUAGCCUUCGAGGAUUGUCCGUUGACAUGGCGGUCUUCCGGGAGCUGCUUCGAACGAAGCUUCCGCGUCUCUCCAGACACUUGGACACGUUGCAGGUGGCAGCCAAAGAAGGAACCACGAGUUACGAGCCACCUCUCACGAACGUCUUUACGAUGCAAUGGUUCCUCACGUUGUUCUGCAAUUGUCUGCCGCAGCCCACGGUUCUACGGGUGUGGGAUUUGAUUUUGCUAGAAGGAAAUGAGGUGUUGCUGAGGACGGCCCUUGCUAUUUGGCAGGUGCUCGCGGAGAGGAUACUGGUGGUGAAAAGCGCCGACGAGUUUUACUGUGUUAUGGGUGUGCUGAUGAGGGAAUUACUCGAGUACGAUCUAAUCGACGCGAAUACACUGAUCAAAGGGAUUGUUGCGUUCGGUCCCUUAACGGAAUUGAGCAAUUUACGCGAACAUUACCUCUACAACAUUAACCCUUGGGGGAGCUCGCUGCCUGCGGCGGAUCCGGAUAGGAGGAUGAAAGUGUACCAUAAAGACAGAUUAGUGCUGGACAUUGGGGUGCUGAAGAAGCAGUACACUAAGCUGAAACAACGACAGCGACAAGCCCACAUUAUUUUCAAUACAGCCGUGGCGAGACAGACGACUCGAACCGCUCCCGUCGCCAUGAAUCAUCUUCUUCUGGGCAAAAGCGCUUUGAUUCCGGCGAAGAGGUUAGGGCCACCGAAGGGGGCCGUACCUCCAGUCAGGCAACCUCCGAAAACUCUUCAUUGGAAAGAUACCCGAAGAGAAUCUUCGUCUUCGUCUUCAUCCGAUACCGAACUAUGCGAUGAUCCGGAUGACAAUUCCGAUGGAGAAGCCGCUCAAUUACCGCAUGACAAUCCAACACCCAGUGAUAAUAAUAUUACCGAUAAAAGUGAAACGAUUAAAGACGAUACUCCAGAAGAGUUAAACCUUAGUGCCAGUGUAGAACCCGAAAACCUGCUGGACUUAGAAGCCCCGCUUAGUGAACCUUUAGAAACUAGUAACCAGGAUAGUGCUAACAAUAUUUUUGAUACGGAAACCCCAAGUGAUUUAUACGCGUUGGAGCGUUCGAACAGCUUACCCUCCGAGGAUGGUUUCGACUUUGAGAAGUUCCUCGAAGAGCGAGUGCAAUCUUUCAAGGAGAAAACGUUCUCCAGCGAUGAGAGCAUGGAAGACACUUCCGAGCUGGAUCGCGUGAAUUACGCACGAAGACAUAGCCAACGUGCUUUGGAGAUAAUCCAGGAAAACUCUUUAAUUCUGCACCGCAUCUUGCAAUGCCAGACUAGACUGACCCCAACUCCUCCGCCCACUGAAACCAGCCCAAAAGACGAGUCCACACCAACAAACGAGACGAAUCCCAUUGCGGAAGUAUCCCCUUUAAAUAUAAUCGAUGACGAGUCGUCGUCGUUCAUUAGUGAGUGCACCCCCGAAAAUCCUUGCGACGACAUAACGCAGGUCGAUUACAACCUGGACAAGUACAGGAGCAAGUUGGGAUCUCCCGUCAAGGAACUCAUCGAGAUCGAUAAAAACUCCAAGUAUAGCAGCAUCCUUGAGUACAGCAGAGACCUGGAUGAAAAGUUCAACAAUCUCAUCUUGAAAUCAAACGUAAUAAAAGCGUACAGCUUUGAUGAAACGAAAGAUGGCGAGUGCUCAAAGACGAGCUCGGAGGGAUCGGAUGAAUGCAAAGAAGAGGGAUCGAGUUCUAGUGCCAAGUCACCUAGCAGGGCUUACAACCCGUUUCCGGUGAACAUCAGCUCGCGGCAGAACAAGGAAGUGCCACUUCGGCUGGGCUUGUACAAGAAGUGACAAUAUUUUGUGUUAAUUAUGUAUUUUGCUUGCGCGUUUGAAGCAGAUUAAAAAAAAACAACAAA